ACACAGGGUUUGGGCGUGUGCUGUGGCUCUAAGCGCCCUCUUCUUCUUCUUCCCCCUACACAUACACAACACACAGCUCGCCUAUCAGUCGACGCACACCGGCGGCUCGUCGUUCAGUGUUUGUGUUGAUCGCAUCUGCUUCAGUGAAUCUGUACCGCCCGAGAAGAAGAAGAACACGCGCUGUCUAAUGACGAAAACAGUUAAGAGCAGCAGAGCUUUGAGAGGAGCAGCGGGAAGGAUGUCGACAUAUUAUUGACUUGUGUUGAGUGUCGUCGAGACGAGCGAACAGCGCCGUGUGUUUUCUUCUGACACAGCAGCAGUGAGAAUGACGGAAUAUAAGUUAGUGGUGGUUGGCGCAGGUGGUGUUGGCAAGAGCGCUCUGACCAUCCAGCUCAUUCAGAACCACUUUGUGGAUGAAUACGACCCAACCAUUGAGGACUCAUAUAGGAAACAGGUGGUGAUUGAUGGAGAGACGUGUCUGUUGGAUAUCCUGGAUACUGCAGGUCAGGAAGAGUACAGUGCAAUGAGGGACCAGUAUAUGAGGACUGGAGAGGGCUUUCUCUGUGUCUUUGCCAUCAACAAUACCAAGUCUUUUGAGGACAUUCAUCAGUACAGAGAACAGAUAAAGAGGGUCAAAGACUCAGAUGAUGUGCCUAUGGUGCUCGUGGGUAAUAAAUGUGACCUACCAGCACGCACUGUGGACACAAGGCAAGCCCAGGAACUCGCCCGUAGCUACGGUAUUCCCUACAUUGAAACCUCAGCCAAGACAAGACAGGGAGUGGAAGAUGCCUUUUACACUCUUGUCCGUGAAAUCAGACAGCAUAAGCUGAGGAAACUGAACCCGCCGGAUGACAAUGGCCAAGGCUGUAUGAACUGCCGCUGUGUGGUGUCAUGAUCCGGUAAACGUUUUUAUCCUGUGAGCUGUGAAUGUGCAUGACGUGGCUUUUUAAAGCUGUGCAGCCUUCCAGACCACAAACACUGCAACACCUACACAGACGCUGGACAUUUAGAGCAGACUGUGUAAAAGGGAAAUCUUUAUUCUGGCAGCCCUCUGCAGUCUUCUUAGGGAUGUUCCCGUCUCGCUCCUUCGUUGGAGAUGAAAUACGUUGUACCUCAUUUUAACGGUCUCAACACUGGAGUUGCUACGACUGGAUGAAGCUGUCACACUUAAAUAUAUUUACAUUAAACAAACUAUCUACUCUUAACUGGAAGUAAUAGCUCAGAAAAUAACCUCUCAUAUUGCUUUGUCAGAUGUGGAUGUUAGCAAAACACUUUACGAGAUGGAGAGAAGAAAUACUACAUCAGUUAUAUUAGCAUACGUCUGGAUGUGAGAAAGAUUUGUAUUGUUAUUUGCUUAGAGCAAGUCUAACCUAAUAAAAUGUACAUAAUUCAUGGCGUUCUCUUGAAAAGAGGACUUUUAGUCAUAUGCAGUGUGUUUAUCACAGGUUCCGGUGCAAUAGGUCGCGAUUAGAAGGUACACCUCCGAGAAGUCUUUGAUUUGCACAUGGUGUAGGACAAAAUGUUCAAGUGGAGGACUUUAGCCUUUGGUUUUGAUUAGAUCUUUGUGGCUUGAUUAGAAAUCCAGCUGUGAUGCUUUUUAUUUACGAUAUUAGACAAAUGCAUUGCAGAUAAUUAAAUUGGCUGGAGAAGACAGAUUAAUGAAGAUCUCUCCACAAUCAUACUUGUUGGAAAAUGAAUGCAAAGCUACUAUAAACUUAAAAGCUUGGACUGAAAAGCCUUGUUGAUAUUCUUGCCAAGCACUGUGCUGUUUUCAUGUUCAGGGCAUAAGCUUGAAACUUUUACAUGUAUAUCAUAAUGUCUAAUCUUCAACUGCAUUUUCCCCUUUUGCCUUUCUGAAGUAAGUUUUUCAUGUUUGUGUCAUUAGGGAGUGAAAAAUUAGAUUUAAAUGUGGAAUUCAAACGAAAAAUACAAAAAACACCAUAUUGCUUGUAAACCCUUACUGUAAAUUAUCAUAUGAGGGAAACUUAAGUUAUAUGUGCUAUAUUCAUAGGCAACAUAUGGCCUUGUAAUUGCAGGGAAGUGCAACAGUCUGGACUUUCUCUUAGAAUGCUUAAAAGUAGCUCAUGUCUCUUUGCAAAGUACAUAUUUCUCAGAAAUCUCAGCAAAAAGGUCUUUUAUAUAUUAUUUAUGUGAAUCAGAUGAACUCUGAACAUGUUGACUGUCAGUGAGUUUCUUCUCUUUCAGGUUGAAAAAAUUGUGGGAUGUUUUAUUUCCUUGCAGUCUAUUGAUUGUUCUCAAGGACAUACAUGGGCGGAUAUGAUUCUCCCUUUAAAACACAUGUCAGUAGCUAUGGAUAUGACCUUCAAGGGAUUCUGUCAGAAUGCUGUGGACAUCCAGAUCUUUUUGAUGGAUUUACUGUCUAUGGUGCAACAGAGUAAUACGAGUUUAUCAGUGGCGUGAUUGCUGCCACUUUCUGAAUAUUGUUUUACAUUAAUACUGUUGGUUAAUGGCCAUUUUUUGGUAACACUCAGACACAUUGUGUAAAAUAAUCCACAAACACGUGACCUAUCCUAUAUUAUUCUGUUUUAAACUUGUCUUACGCCAACUGCUGCUACUAGAUAUUUUUUAUGUUCCUUUUUGAUCGAACACAGCGAUAUGGUAGCGUUCCUACUGAAACAGAAAAUCCCAAAAAGGCUGUGUCGGUUCUGGUAUUAAAUAAUCAUAUUGGUUUUUGCAGCAAUUAAUACUUAAAAAUAUGAGUAUUUUUAAGAACUUGUUCUUAUUUUGUGUCUACAGUGUGUGAAAACAACAUUAAAUUUUCUUUUAACGAUAUGUUAUUAUAGAUUUGUGCCUACCGUUAUUAUUGUGUUAUGAAAGAAUAUCGAAUAAAAGGCUUGUUUUGA